GUCUCUUAAAUUUCUCCGACAGGGCACUUCUUUGUCCUCGUGCGGGCCCUUAGAUCUUAAACCCGGUACCGAACAGCGUCAAGUUCACCUCACCUCUAAAUUCGCAAGACCCACCCCUGGCGUGUGAGAAGGCGGUUAUCGCAUUCCCAUUAUACAAGGCACACCUUCCAAAGGCCAAUUUAUCCAAUCCUUAAUUAUCCCACCCUGCAGGUCGGGUAUACAUCGCGUCAAGAACCCCUCGUCUUGGUCCCUGAGGUUUUUCUCAUCCGUGUUCCUUAUUUAUAGGGCGCGUCAAGUGAACGGACGGACAGACAGGCAAGGAGGAGUUAUGGGUAUUUCAAUCACCGACGACUCAAACUCGAAGCAACCUGACAUCUCGUACCACCCCGACAAGGCCAAGUAUCAUGCGCGUACGGCGCGUCGUCUGGCUGAAGAUCCCUCUCUUCCGGAGGUUGCCCUCCCUGAGGGUUUCCCUCCUCGCGUGGAAGGACCUAUCGUCUGGGAGGGCAAAGACUGGACGAGCGAGGACCAGUGGGUGUACCAGCUUCGUGACGCCGAGCUGGAGGAGAUCGACCAGGCGCUCCAGUAUUUCAAAGGCACGGGAAAACCACUAGGCUACAUCAGCAAAGAGACGUUCCCCCUUCCUACCCUAAGCCCCACCUUGAAAGACCUUGCUCGCGAGCUCUACUCAGGCCGGGGAUUCUUCGUCUUACGAACCAUCCCAAUCGAGCAGUACGCGAAAACAGAAUUGGCGAUCGUCUACGCUGGUAUAUCCUCACACGUCGGCUCCGCCCGAGGAAAACAAGACUCCACCGGAUCCGUCCUCGCGCACAUCAAAGACCUCACCGUCAGCCACGCCCACGAGCAAGGCGGGAUCGGGAACUCGGCGUACACGACGGACAAGCAGGUCUUCCACACCGAUGUGGGUGACCUCAUUGCCUUGCUGGCUAUCCAGUCUGCGGCCGAGGGUGGCGUGUCGAGGAUCAGCAGCGCAGGGAAGGUGUAUAAUGAUAUCGCAGCGACGCGCCCUGAUAUUAUCCGUACGCUCGCGGAGCCCUGGCCUUUGGAUAGCUUUGGUGGAUCCCCCGGGUACACGACGCGUCCGCUCCUCUUCUACAACGAGGAAGACAGACAUGUCAUAAUUCAGUAUUCUCGACGACAUUUCACAGGAUACGGGUUGCAGAAACGAAGUCCACAUAUACCACCCAUCUCCGAGGCUCAGGCGGAAGCACUCGAUGCGCUGCAUUUCGCCGCUGAGAAGCAUUCCUUGGGGUUGAAUUUCCAGAAGGGCGAUAUUCAGUAUAUUAACAGUCUGGGCUUGUUGCAUUCUCGGGAUGCAUUCCGGGAUGACGAAGAGCAUACACGACACCUGAUCCGGCUGUGGCUUCGCAAUGACGAGCUGGCGUGGAAGACGCCAGGGCCUCUGCAGCAUAUAUGGAAGAGAUUGUACUCUGUUUCUCCUGAUGAUCAGAGAUUUCCGGUUGAGCCUGAAAUCAGGAGGAAGGAGAAUGGCGCGACAAAGUGAACGAGCUCUUAAAGUUAUUUCUACCUGUAAGGCUUUUGGCCGGUGAAUGCGACGUAAAUUGUAGCCUGGCAGGCCGUUUGAUAUAUACGUGUACGUUGAAGCAAUGAGAAAAAGAGUGUGACUUG